AGCACUGUGGCUAUCCCACAGUGAUGUUAACCGCUUGUGUGUGUGUCUUGCCACCUGAACACCUCGGUGGGCGGGAGCUGUUCCGACUGCCGAACUCUGGUGGCGUGCGCAGUGUACGCUGUUCGCCAAAAUUGCGAGGUGAUUGUCAGGAAAAUAGCGACAGCCAAUUUUUCCGCGAACCUGUUUUAUGGUACGUAGGAAUAACCAUGCGAUGUUACCGUUUUAAAACUUUGUCAUUAAUCUUGUUUACAUUUGGAAAUUUUUGCUCAAAAUUGGCUUGUCUUGGUGAACAAAAUUUUUACAAAGUUAUCUUCAGAGAACGGGGAACGAGUUGAAUUGGUGCUGUUACAAGAGCUUGGAUCUAUUAUAUUCUCCUUUUAUCCUUUCUGUUCACCCAUUUGUGUGUUUUUCGGUUUUUUUUUGUGUUGGUUUCACGUAUAGAAAGCCCGAGGGAGAAUGUUCGACGUCAUCAAACGCCAUGGCUCGCAUCACUUUGUCAAUGUCAAAUAUGGCUACAUCGUCUUAUUCGCUGGUGCUAUCUAUUUGGCUUGCCUAUUCGUGUCUAAUAAGCUUUUCAUUCUCAAUUGGAACACAAUAAGGACCUCGAAGGUCAUGAGAAGGGUGCUUGAUUCACAUCACAAUGUGCUUACGCUGUUUCUGUGGACUGGGUUCUUGAUGAUUUUAGCGUUUUGGCAUUUCGAUUCUGAUAGCAUCAACGUGUACAUCAAGCGAUUUGGUCGCUUGUGCUAUGCUCUUGUUCCACUGGAUAUCUUCCUAUCGUUGAAACCGAGUCCUAUACCCGAUGUGUACUAUCUGGAGUUGAUUUUCCUUCACAAGUGGUUUUCCCGUUUGAUUGUGACUAUAGCCACUGUACAUUCUAUUGGGUUCAUCGCAGUGUGGAUAUCUAAGGGCACAAUGCUGAAAUUCUUCAAACCUUUGAACUUCUUAGGUUUCAUUGCUCUUUUGUGCUUCCUGGCUAUAACUGUGGUUUCUCUCAAGCCUUUAAGAAGACGGUUCUACAAGCUGUUCUUCACCGGUCAUGUCGUAUUGGCGUGGGCCUGUGUUGCACUGAUGCAAUGGCAUGCUAGACCAGGUGUUUCACUCUACACCCUUUUGAACAUAUCCCUCAUUAUUCUUCAGAUUGCUACAAAGUUUUACAAGUCGUCCGAUGUCAUUCUUGAAAAGAAAACCAAUGCUGGCUCUACUUUGGAUCUAAUUACAUUCAACAACAACAGCGUUUCCAAUUUUGUCGCUGGCUCGCAUAUAAGAAUUUCGUAUCCAAGGCUGAAUCCUUUGAACUAUCUUCUACCAAGCCAUCCAUUUACUGUGGCGUCAUUACCAGAUGAUGCUAGCAUUAAGUUGGUGGUGAGAAAAACCACUAAGGAUUUCAAAUCUGGCGAACUUGUUUCGUGCUUUGGACCAUUCACAUCUAUAAACAACAAGUUCUUCGAAACAGCUGAAACUGUUGUCCUCAUCGCAGGAGGCUCUGGAAUUUCCUAUGCUCUAGGUCUGUACCAGCAGCUGAAGAACUCCAACGCAAAUGCUGUGGUUGUGCUCGUAUGGGUCCUCAGAAACAGAGCCGAUCUUUGGAUCCUGGAUCAUUUCCCUCUUGUCACUUCCGUCGAUGUUUACAUAACAGGUGGUAACAUCACAAGCGACGACCCUGUUUCUAAUGCUUUUGGUGAUGAAGAUGAAGAAUUGUUGGAUCAGACUGGCCGUGACUCGUUUGAGAUGGAGGAUCUCGACACCACUCAGACAAAGAACACUAAGAUCAAACUCGGUAGACCAAACCUCGAGCUGUAUGCCUCAAUGUUUAGCUCCAAGGAUAAGAACAGUUCGUGGGUUGUAAGUUGUGGUACGGACUCUUUGAACAAGGAUAGUGCCAAAUGGGCUAGCACAUUGGACGUUAGAUACCACAGUGAGAGCUAUUCCUUGUGAAUCUUGUAUAUAAUUCUAUAUUUAUUAUCCGUUUGAGUACACUUCAUCAUUGUUAACUAUUUG